AUGAAUCAAGAAAUUCGGCUUCGACUGAAGCACGUGAUUAUCUUUGCCGUCACCAUCGGAUUCCUCUUUUUCUACUCGCUAAGCUCCACGCGCGAGUGUGAGAACGACCAGACAAGGUCGGAAUUCGGUGGUGAACCGUGGGCAGCAGAUCAAGGCCGUGAUGCCUUUCUACCCAAUCAAAAGGGUCCAACGAUCUUCGCGGUGACUCCGACCUAUGCCAGGCCCGUACAGAAAGCUGAACUAACACGACUCUCUCAUGUCAUUCGCUUGGUGCCAAAUAUAUUCUGGGUAAUAGUGGAGGACGCUGCACAAAGUUCCGUUCUCGUAACGAACCUGUUAAAGCGAAGCGGUCUUCAGGGUCGCAGUGUGCAAUUGUUUGCCAAAACGCCGACAAAUUUCAAACUACAGGGCAAGGAUCCAAACUGGCUAAAGCCACGCGGAGUUGAGCAGCGUAAUACCGCACUGAAAUGGAUUCGGGAGCGGUUGAAACGCGUUCACAGUGCCAACGAAGAAGCACCAUCCUCCCAAUCCGUAGUGUACUUCAUGGACGACGAUAACACGUACAGUGUGGAACUGUUCGAGGAAAUCUCAAAGAUUGAACGAAACAAGGUGGGUGUUUGGCCAGUUGGUCUGGUUGGAGGUCUAAUGGUAGAAAAACCGGUAUUAAACAGAGACGGGCUGGUGAUGGGUUUCAACAGCGCGUGGAAACCAGAACGACCGUUUCCGUUGGACAUGGCAGGAUUUGCGAUCAGCUCCGAUCUGCUGCUCGAUAAUCCGCAAGCACAGUUCAGCUAUGAGGUCGAACGAGGCUAUCAGGAGAGCGAAAUUCUGCGCCAUUUGACGAUCGCUCUCGACAUGCAACCCCUGGCCAACCAGUGCAAGGAUGUGCUGGUUUGGCACACGCGAACCGAAACGCCCAAAUUGGAUGCCGAAAAGACGCUUCAGAAGAGUGGUAAAAAGUCGAACGAUGGAAUGGAGGUAUAGGGUGUAGAAUCGUUAAACAUUUGGGGCCAACAGCAAGGCACUGGUGAUGGUAGCAUGUAAGCUAGUUUAACGCACUACGGCAUACUCUUGUACAGAAUCAAGCCAGUGGACCACAGCAAACGAUCAGAUUGUAGCGAGAGGAAGUGUUAAAUUAUCGUCUGCAUCUGAUUAAAUCAUAUCAAACUUUGAGAUUUUAACGGCACUGUUGAACACUUUGCAUUGAGAUUGAAUCGUCAAAUGCCAACAAACGGGAUCAGUGAUCAGGGAGUUGUUAGUAUGUAAGUAGUUCGGAAGAAGAUUGAUUGAAAGCUAUUAAUAAACAACAA